AUGUCAGACGGUUUCUCUUUAUCCGACGCUUUGACCACCAACAACAACCCCACUCCCUGUGCCCCCCCCCCCCAAGGCUGGCCCUCCUGGGGGAACCAGCCGCCGGCUCCUGGGGGGUUCCCGGCAUAUCCCGGCCCUCCUGGGACCUAUCCUGGAGCACCGGGAGCAUAUCCUGGAGCACCGGGGCCGUACCCUGGAGCACCAGGGCCGUAUCCUGGAGGACCAGCAGGACAGGGACCGUAUCCGGGAGCACCUGGAGCACCCGCAGGACCAGGGCCGUAUCCUGCCCCAGGACAACCACCCAGUGGCCCUGGAUUUGGGCCCCCUCCUUCGCAGGGGGGACCAGCUCCUCCCAUGAAAGUCCCCUUCGAGCUGCCCCUCCAGGCAGGACUCGCCCCGCGGAUGCUCAUAACCAUCACGGGGACCGUCAACCCCAACCCAAACAGGUUUUCACUGGAUUUCAAGAAAGGGAAUGACAUUGCUUUCCACUUCAAUCCCCGCUUCAAGGAAGACAACAGGAAAGUCAUCGUCUGUAAUUCAAUUUUCCAGAAUAACUGGGGACAGGAGGAGAGGACGGCUCCUAGGUUUCCAUUUGAAGCUGGAAAACCCUUCAAGCUCCAGAUCCUUUGCGAGGUGGAUCACUUCAAGGUAGCGGUCAACGACGCUCACUUGCUGCGGUAUAACUUCCGCGAGAAGAAGCUGAACGAGAUCACCAAACUCUGCAUUGCUGGGGACAUCACCCUCACCAGCGUCAUGCCGACCAUGAUAUAA